UAAUAAUUGAUGGCGACAGCAAAAUUAUUUUCUCGUCUUGAUUUAGUUUUUUGUACAUCGUUCUUUUGAUUUUUAUAUUAUUCCAAAGUAUUUUGUUGGAAUGCAAAUAAUAAGCCGUAAGAAUAUUCCGUGGAUGUGAUUUGAAAAAAAAAACACAAAAAAAUAAAGCAUUUAAACAACUUAAAAUUCAUGCGAAUUUUCCCUGCUGUCACUCGGUUUUCCAGUUUUACUAUUUCAUCGACUUGAGUCCGUGUUAACGUGUAUGCUUGUGUGUGUGAAGAUAUUUAAUUGUUAAGUGAAAUAGCUGUGGUGGCAAGAAAGAAUAUAACAUCACAAAACAGCUACAAUAAAAUAAAAAUUCCAUAACACGUAAAAGAACGUAACCAAACAGCCAGCCUUUCGACAAAAUGGUUGAUAAAUUUAUAAAUAUGUGGAAAGUUCGUGAAUUGGCGGAUAAAGUCACAAAUGUGGUUAUGAAUUACACGGAAAUCGAAGGGAAAGUUCGAGAAGCCACUAACGAUGAUCCAUGGGGUCCUACGGGCCCACUUAUGCAAGAAUUAGCACAUGCAACGUUUUCCUAUGAAACAUUUCCCGAAGUAAUGUCAAUGCUAUGGAAACGUAUGUUGCAAGACAAUAAAACUAAUUGGAGAAGAACUUAUAAGAGCUUACUAUUGUUAAAUUAUCUCGUGCGCAAUGGUUCCGAACGUGUGGUAACUUCAUCGCGUGAACAUAUAUACGAUUUACGUUCCUUGGAAAAUUACACUUUCACAGAUGAGGGUGGAAAAGAUCAGGGUAUUAAUGUUAGACAUAAGGUUAGAGAACUAAUAGACUUUAUACAGGACGAUGAUCGCUUACGUGAAGAACGUAAAAAGGCCAAAAAGAAUAAGGACAAAUACAUCGGCAUGAGCAGUGAUGUCAUGGGUGUGCGUAGCGGUGGUUAUGGCGGCGGCUUUAAUGAUGGUGGUUGGAGAACUUCACGUUCGGAUCAUGGCGAAAAUUGGUAUUCGGAUUCACGUUCUGGUGAUAGAUACGAAGACGACGAUGCCCAGUAUGAAGGCGAAAAGGAGUUCUCAGAUAGUGAUUCGCCCAGUCCAAGACGAAACUACCGUUACAAUGAUCGUGCCAGUCCUGCAGAAAUUGCCACCGAGUCAAAAUCUACCGGCAAUAUAAACAUGAAUAUACGUCCUGCCAAGUCUGCUAUGUCCGCCAAUGCGAGCGCUCCUGUGACAAAGCAACCUCAGAAUAAAGCAAAUGUUGGGGGCAAUAAGAAAAUCGAUAUGGGCGCCGCUGCUAGUUUUGGUAAAAAAUCAAAUGCCGCAGCUGGCAUACAUUCGCCAACACAUCGUGAUACUCCUGCUGAUAGCAAUAAUGAUGAUUUAAUUGGUUAUUCAUCCCUGAAUAACAAUCUUAGCGUGGGCAUAUCAGAUCUGGAAAGCAAUAACACAACUACGGCCACAAAUAAUAAUAACAUACACAAUCUAUUCCCAACAUGUUCGCCCAAAAGUGAGAAAACUCUAAACAGUGCUGCUGUUAUUACCGAUGAUUUGGAUGAUUUUAAUCCGCGUGCUGUUGAACAGCCGCAAGGAGAAUUUGGUGAUUUUGCCUCGGCAUUUGGUGGUAGUGCAUCUCUUGAAGCCCCCUCCACGGCUUUGGGUGCAAUGGCGCCGACUGCAGGCACUGGCGGUGAUGAUUUUGCUGAUUUUUCCGCAUUCCAGAGUAGUUCAACUACCAGCAAUAAUACGAUAGCAGGUGGUUUGGAAGGCAACCUUCUGGCCACUGCUACUCCAGCAAACGAUGCAUUUGACCUGUUCAAUGCUGCAGCCUCGACGAAUUCCCAUAAUGCUGCAACAACGGGUGCUACAACGGCUACAGAUCUACUGGCUGGUCUAGGAGAUCUAUCGAUACACCAAAGUAUGCCAAUGGCAGAUGAUGAUACCAUAGACAGGGACAGAGAGGCAACGUUUCCCUCGACACUCAAGCAAGAACUAAGUGAGGCUAUUUUGAAAUUAAAAGACAUAGAAAAGGUGCAAUCAUCGCAGAAUGUGGAGCAAGUAAAGGAAAUUAUCUGCAGUCUUUGGAGUAGAGGAGCCCUUCCUGGCUUUACCACAGCCGAGAGAAUGUGCAAUUUGGAUAAGGACACAAUUCCCUGGCAUUUAAUAGCUGAGCAGGAAUAUGUUGAUUUGCUACAAGCAAUUUUAAAGCUCUUCAGUGUUGAUUGGCCUGCAAGCAUUCAAGAAGGUGAAUGUGGCAUAUUGAAUGUCUUUAAGAUUGACUACAAUUUCCAAUAUGUCUAUGAGUCCUGGACAUGUCUAUUGCAAAAAUUGGGCGAGCUGCCACAGGUGGUAAUGGAAGUAUUCAAAUUUUUGUUGGAAGAUGAGAAUUUACUAUUCGUUGCCUAUUUGCAAGUGUGCAAAGAAAAGGCAAGUUUGCUGGAGGAAUUUAAGCAGACCCUACAUUCGAUACCGGAACCAAAGGUGGAGUUGUUCAAUAUGAAAGUCAAAGAAUUUUUACAAAUACAAAUUUCCUUGCCCACACGUUGUGCCAAUCAUGUGCAGGGCAAAGUAGGAGAUGUCUUCCUGGCAUCGAACUAUUGCAGGCUGUUAAUGCAACACAUGCUUAAGGCUCUAUGGUUUCUGAUGCAUUGCGAGGAGAAGGAAACAUAUUUUGAAACUAAAUUCCUCUCCCACUUAAUGGCUCGUUUGGUUAGCGAAUUUUGUCAGGAUACUGAAAAGAAUUCACUACUCUUUCAGCUUUUGGAAAUCAUUGAGGCAUUCUGUGUUACUCCCAACACACAAAAGUUGAUACACAAGAUUUUCGCAGAUAUAGAAGAUAAUAUAGCCAUAUAUCGCCUUUCGUUGUGUAUGCUAAAAGGCGAUUUGGAUAUUUACCGCAUGCUGGGCUCCUGUAUCAAAAAUUGUGUUCCAUGGGAAUUUUGUUUUAUGCAAAAAUUGGCUUUGCAACGUAUACCGGAGAGUAAUAAUUGCCUUAAGGCCUUAGUGCAGUAUGUGGCAAAAGUUGAUAACAAAAUGCUGGAGAAGCUGUUCGAAAUGACUUUAAAUAUAUGGGCAAAACGUUCCAUUUUGCAAAAACUUUCGCAGAGUGAACAUUUCAAUUUAACCAAACUGGUGAUUGCAUGCGGUCAAGUUUAUUGCCAAGGCUUUGCCACAACAAAAGCAGAUGAUGAUAGUGACAUAAAACGUUUGCUGCACCAAGCAUUACGCCAUCAUUUGGAGUGUCCCGAUGCUACACAAAGGCAUAUUGGCAUGAAAUGUGUGGAGAUUAUAUUCAAUCUUAUGGCCAGCCCUGAUACCAAAGAGGAAGAUAAGCUGAAAUUUGAAUAUACCGCCUUAAUGGAGACGGAAAAGGGAAAACUGUUGACAGAAAUGGAUGAAUUGAUGAAAAUAAACUCCAACAACUCUCUCGGACCUGAAAAGAAUUUGGAAAACUUAUUGGCCAUAUUUAUGACAAACACCACAAAACCUUCCACAGAGUUUAUAGGCCCAUCCUCCAAGGUCUCACCCAAGAGUGUAACAGCAGAACAAAGAGAUAUGACCACCUCCCCUCCAGCCAAAUCCCCUAGAAUGGAUAUUGACUCCGACGAUGAUGAUGAUGACGACGAUGAUGAUUUAAAACCCUAUGACAUGUCCAAUGAUAUACCCCAGCUAAUGGAGAAGAGACCCAAGUUUCUAUUUGACUUACUGCAAACUCUCUCCUCGAAAUGUGAAAAUUAUGAAAUUUUUGAAUCUGCUCUAGCUUCAGCUGAAACGCUUAUACGCUCCCAACUUCCACGUUCCGAUGCCCGCUUGGCGUUGGAUUUAAUGCAAAUAUUCUUGCCCCUAGACAUGCAAUACUACUAUGAGAAUUUCGAGGAAACCAAAUUCAAAUGUUGUGUGGCAAUUUGUAGUGCACGCCCUGCAGAGUGCGCUGAAUAUCUAUGCCGGCAAUUCCAUACCGAUAACUCUUGCUAUAGUGUCAGCCUACGCAUUGUAAUGUUACAAAUUUUGGCAGCCACAGCCAAGGAAUUGGCCGAAAAAGUACCAAUCCAAAAUAUGGAAAGCUCUAUUGUUCCUAAACCUUCCAGCGGCUAUAUGAGAAAAUUCAAUUUUAAAAAUGAAGAACAACAACGUCUGGCCAGAAAUCGCCAAAUCAUAAAAUCGCGCUUGAAAGAAAAAACAAAAAGAUAUUUUACCAGCACCACCACCAAAGGAAAUGUCAACAGCAAUGAGAAACCCAAUCGAUUCCAUCCGGUGGUGGGCACCUUUUUCUUUUGCCUUGUCCGUGGGGAUCGCACCAAACAAAUGUUAUACGUUAAAUACGAUCGUCUCGCCCAUGACAUUGAUACCAUGCUGAUGGUUAAUUUCCUGCAUACGCUCUCCAUUAUUGUUAUGUGUGCCCACAAUUGUCCUCUCCUACCCGCCAUGACCAGGGAAAUAUUCGACAUGUGUUCCUUUGUGCGUUUCAGUCCAGAGGCUCGCAUACGCCUGGCAUGUUUGGAACUAUUGGGCAUCACUUUGGUGACCACACCUAGUUAUGUAUUAGCCGAGCAAUUCAGUGAUCGUUUGCUGGACUUGAGAUAUUGGCUGGAGGAUUUUAUGAGAUCACCUUUGGUUGGAGGCGAAUCGUCGGAAGAAUGUCGUGAAAUUGCAGGCCAAAUUUUGAAUACCUGCUAUAAAGUCAUGAAUCCCCAAGAGGAGAAAAAUUAACUUGGUAGUUUUAAGUCCAUGAAUUUGUGAAAAGAAUUUAACUUUGUAGUAAUAAGCAUGCGUUUCCUUUUUUCGAAAUAAAAUUUCAAUAUUCCCUUUUUUAAA